GUGUAUAGCAUUUGGGCCAUAAAAAUAUGUAAAUAUUUAAGUUUUAUAUUGUGAUUUAAAUUUUUUGCAGACUCAUAGUGUUUUUAUUUACGAAUUAUAUACUAAAAUUGUAGUGUAAUAACAAAAACAAACAUGAACUUUUUAUGAAUAUUUCAAUUAUAUUUGAAUGGAUAGAACUGUAUUUUGAGAUAAGGAAACAAACGAUGCCAUCCUUUUGGCGAUAUUUCUGUUGCAUUUGUGACAGCACAGACAAACGCUCUUACAGCGCGCGCGAUGAAUGGACCAGCAGACGAAAAAAUAGCCGACGUACCAAAUCUGGUAAAAAUACAUGGGCACGACGAAGUCUUCUCGACAAUGAACAAGUAGAGUUAAACGAAAUCACAAGAGAGCAAAUUCCAUAUCAAAUGAGAGCAAUCUCAACACCAACCUAUGACACGGAACGCAUGAGUGAAGACAGCUUUCAGGAUAGAUUACUAGAACACUUUGCUCCAAAGAAACGCCCAACUGUGCAUGGUGUUUUCGAAAACUCUCUUGACGACAGUUCUGCGUCUAAAACAACUUUUCCUUGGAUGGAUGAACGCUUCGUUCCAAAUGGGCGUAAUGGAACUCGACUUGGCAUUAGCGCUGUUCAAAUGAACGCCAAACGCAGUGGAACAGCGGUUCCGCGAAGCAACGUCACGCAAACAACAAACAUAAACAAUGGAAGACCACACGCCUUCCCACCAAACGCGAAAAGUCACAGCUUCACGGAAGGACAGCAUGCUGAAAAUGUCCAAAUUCAUGCUCGACAUGUAAUAAACUCUACCAAUCUACCUAAAAAUGUAAAAAAUAUACAAAAUGGACAUGUUUCGCGGAAUAAUUUCAAUACGUCACCAAAAGAAGUUACAGACAUCAGAAGGCCCGUGCGAUUAGGUGUAUCUGGUAAAUACAGCGAAAAGCCUAUGGUUCUGAAAGCACCUACUUCAGACGUUGGGGUCAGAAGAGUAAGUUCGAAACAAGGUAAGAUCCGACAAGAAAGAAUUCCAAAACUUGAAGAUUAUACGGGAACCAGUGCUCCUUCAGUUGCGGCGGGAAACCAAGUUGUUGUCGGUCAUUCUCGACCUAGUUUAAUGGAUAUAUUUCCAAAUAGCGCGAUGAAUGACGCUGAAAGUGAAAUUGAAGCAGACGUCAGUUACGCAAGUGAGAUCAUAUUCCGGAAACAGCCUUCGGAGUAUUCUGGGAGUGAAGUUUCAUUAAAGCGUUCAGCAGAACCGGGUAUGUUUUCCGCAAAUACCAAUAAAUAUGAACGGCUGAAGCCAGAAAGAAUACACUCAGAGAAAUCAAAACCCGAAAAACAGAAAUCUAAAGGAAAGUAUAGCAAUUUAUCAACUGAAAGUAUGUACGGGUAUGUUCCAAAGGUUGUUCAGAAUGUUCAUGCGUCGAAUGCCCUGGAAGGAACUAAAAUAGAUGAUUUCUUUAUGCAAAGAAUGCAAGAACGCCAACUGGAAAGUUUUGGAUCACUGGAUAACAAUAACGUGAAUAGUGAUGAAGAAACCAUCAUUAUAACUACUCUUGUUGAAAGCACAGAGGACUUGACAGCAACUGAUAAGACUAAUAACAGCGUACAGGUAAAUGAAACAUUAAAAACCGAGCAGGUUGCAUCUUCUACCUGCGUUUCAAGUGAAAAACUUUCGAUUAAAUCUAAGGCAACUGACAAAGCAAACACUACGGAAUCUUCCUCGAUCAGUAAUACACUGAAACAUGACUGUAUGGACGAAGAUAAAACUAAACAUUUAAAAACGAAUGACGACAAAGUGAUAAUGAUCGAUUUCCCGCCAAAUCUUGAAAAUAACAAAAAGAUUCCAAUAUUAAACAAUUUAAAAACACGUUCAUCAAAUGAAUCAAAUUCAGAAGUGAGCAACAGAUCUACAACAAGCGUUCAGACAAAGUUAAUAACUGGAGAAGUGCUAUAUUGAGGACUUAUUAACUUUUUGGAAGUUUUAGAGCCACAUAUAACCUUUGGUCAAAACGUGAUGCACCGAUAUAAUACGCAAUCUUGAGUUACGAACAUAAAUUACGUCAAGCUGCAUACAUCUCUAUCUAUUUUUAUCUCGUACCUUCUAUGGGACUGACCUCCUGGACACUAGCUUUAACUCUAUCUCUUCUACUCCCUAUUUAAAGCCGGUAUGGGAAUGUUCUCCUGGACACAAACUUUAUCUCUCGUGCCUUCUAUUCAAAACCUGUAUAGGACUGUCCCGCUUGGCACGAGCUUAUUCUAUUUAAUAUUGUACAUUGAUGAAUGAUACAGCUUUAUAUUUGUUUAUUACCUACGAUCCUCAACAACGCUGGCACUUAUGCCAAAUGUGUUUUGUGUAUUUAUGUUUGUGUUUAGUUUGAAAUAUUCGUGCAAGAAAUUUUAUAAGUGCUA